AUGUCUUCGGAUGAGCCAUCCUCCAAUGAUGUGUAUAACAUAGACAUUUCUAAAGGACUCGGAAAUGUGCGAGUUAUUACAAAGGGCCUUUCUCGCAUAAAACCUAGCGCAAUUUCACAUGAAAUUAGUCGUGUAAAAGACGCUGAGAAUGUAGAAGAGCUUUUUUUACUGCUUGAUGAUACUCACCAGAGGCUGGAAAAACUUUCACUAUUCAAGAGUACAGAAUCUUUUGUUACUCGAGGAUUGAAUGAAGGAGAUGUUGAUGUUAUUUUUACCUUUGAGGAAAAAUCAGCUCUAUUUACAGUCGGAGCAAAUGUUAAUUCCAAGGCUGAGGCUGGUGUGGAAAUUAAGGGUGAACUACCUGGUGUAUUAGGAUCUGUCAACACACUAACAGUGAAUGCCAACACAACUGGAGGCAGCAACAACGAGUUUUCGGGAUCCUUCUACAUUCCUCGCAUAUCGGCGCUACCCAAUUUCACGGGUUUAUUUCAACUAUUCACAUCGCAUACCGACCUGAAUGCUUAUUCUUCGUAUUCCACACGUUCUAAAGGCCUUCGGUUUACCCUAUCGAAUCUAAAUUUUAGACAUCGCUUCAUAUGGGAAGCGUCAGUAAGGGACGUGUAUCCAACGUUCAAUGAGCAAUUCAAAGCUUCUGAAGCAAUACUAAAAAAUUCAGGGUGUUCCUUGAAGAAUUCUCUUUCCUACACAUAUUCCUUGGAUAAUUUGAGUGGUGAUGCUAUUCCUUUUGAUGGAGAAUUAACUAAAUUCCGGAUUGAAUCUGGAAUUCCAGGGGGAGACUGUCAAUUUUUAAAGUUUGACUACAGUAUGCUUUUGGCUAGGUUUAUAAAGGAAAAAUUUAUUGGGCAUUUGAGCAUGUCGGUUGGAUAUUUGCAUCCACUUGGAUCAUAUUCUCCUACUAGUUCAAUUUUGGAUAGAUUCCACUUUACUGGAGCAUCUGGUACAUCUUCCACAUUUAGAGGCUUUAGAUUCCAUGGAGUGGGUCCUCAUGAUUGGGGAGGAUUAUACAAUGUUGAAAAGGGUGAAUGGUUCAAAAAGGCUGAUCACUUGGGAGGUGACUACUUUGGAAACAUCCAAAUGUCGCUAUACUAUCCAUUCAACCUUUCAAACUUUCAAAGUCCAAUGGCAUUUGGUUUCUGUAACAUUGGCACUCUCUCCUCACUCAAGCCAGGAAUUGAUCUUUAUGCACAGGCUUUGAAGGAUAUACGCUUGUCUGUUGGCACAGGUUUGAGUAUGAACUUAUCAAGUGGAUGCUGGGUCGAAGCUUUUGUUUCUAAAGCGCUUUUAUAUGCGCCUUCAGAUAUCUUAAGUCCAUUCCAAGUUGGUCUGCGGUUCAAGAGCGGUGGAUAG